GAAGUUCAAUUAGGAAACAUCGUUGGUCAGCGUAAAUGUCGUUCAGUCCGGCCUAUCACUCGACAGUUGCUCUGUAGUAUUAGUAGUGUGUGAAAGUUAUUGCUCUGUAAUCGUGCAGAUAUCUGUUAGUAACUUUUUGAUUUACUACCCGACCUUGGCGAGGAAAUUUUAAAUAGUGUGAGUCGAGGAGUAAGCAAUAAUGAAAAUGGCGUGGCAGCCGCAAGAAGAUGGUUUGCGACAAAUAUUGCAGCUUUUGAAAGAGUCGCAGUCUCCAGACACGGCUACACAACGUGCCGUGCAACAAAAAUUGGAGGAAUUAAACAAAUUUCCCGACUUCAACAACUACUUGAUUUUUGUUCUCACAAAACUCACAUCAGAAGAUGAGCCAACCAGAUCACUCAGUGGGCUGAUAUUGAAAAAUAAUGUGAAAGCCCAUUAUCAUAAAUUCUUGCCAGAAGUGACAGAGUUUAUAAAACAGGAAUGCCUGUCAGCAGUGGGCGAUCCAAGCCCUCUAAUUCGAGCAACUGUUGGCAUCCUUAUCACUACUAUUGCCUCUAAAGGGGAGCUUACAGCUUGGCCUGAUCUGUUGCCUGCUUUGUGCCAGAUGCUGGAUUCAUCAGAUUAUAAUGUCUGUGAGGGAGCAUUUGGUGCACUGCAGAAAAUUUGUGAAGAUUCAUCAGAACUGUUGGACAGUGAUGCUUUAAAUCGCCCUCUCAAUGUUCUAAUACCAAAGUUCCUGCAGUUUUUCAGGCAUUCAAGUCCAAAGAUCAGAUCACAUGCUAUCGCUUGUGUUAAUCAGUUCAUCAUCAACCGAACUCAGGCCCUGAUGAUUCACAUAGAUUCCUUCCUGGAGAAUCUGUUCCACUUAGCAUCGGACGACGAUCCUGAAGUACGCAAAAAUGUUUGUCGAGCCUUGGUGAUGUUGCUGGAAGUUCGUAUGGAUAGGCUUAUACCAAACAUGCACAACAUUAUUGAGUACAUGCUGUUGCGGACCCAGGACCCAGAUGAAGGUGUGGCUCUUGAAGCAUGUGAAUUCUGGCUGUCCCUUGCAGAGCAGCCAGUAUGUAAGGAAGCACUGUCCCCACACUUGACAAGGCUUGUGCCAGUUCUUGUUCGUGGAAUGAAGUAUUCGGAUAUUGACAUCAUUUUGCUGAAAGGUGAUGUAGAGGAAGAUGAAGCUGUACCAGAUCGAGAGGAAGAUAUUAGACCAAGGUUUCACAAGUCACGAACACACACUGUGAAACACUCUGAUGAGAAUGGGGAAGAUGAAGGUGCUGGUGACGAUGACGAUGCGAUGGAUGAUGAUAGCUCAUUGUCUGAUUGGAAUCUGCGGAAAUGCAGUGCUGCAGCAUUGGAUGUCCUGGCAAAUGUAUUCAGAGAGGAACUGUUACCUGUUCUGGUACCUAUAUUGAAGGAGACACUAUUUCAUCAAGAGUGGGAAAUAAAAGAAUCGGGAAUACUUGCUCUAGGUGCCAUUGCUGAAGGUUGCAUGACAGGAAUGAUACCACAUCUAACAGAGUUGAUUCCAUACCUGAUAAAUUGCCUGUCAGACAAAAAAGCAUUGGUGCGAGCUAUUACUUGCUGGACUCUCAGCCGCUAUUCUCAUUGGGUUGUCUCACAGCCUCAUGACAGCUAUCUGAAACCACUGAUGACAGAGUUAUUGAAGCGAGUACUGGACAGUAAUAAGAGAGUACAAGAAGCAGCAUGUUCGGCAUUUGCUACACUGGAAGAGGAGGCAUGUACUGAACUAGUGCCAUAUCUUGGGUUCAUCCUGGAGACAUUGGUGUUUGCCUUUAGCAAGUAUCAGCACAAAAAUCUGUUGAUUCUGUAUGAUGCAAUUGGAACACUGGCAGACUCCGUGGGCCAUCAUCUGAAUAAGCCGGAGUAUAUCAACAUGUUAAUGCCACCACUUAUUCAGAAAUGGAACAUAUUAAAAGACGAAGACAAAGACCUUUUCCCACUUCUGGAGUGCUUGUCAAGUGUAGCAACAGCACUGCAGAGUGGAUUCCUGCCAUACUGUGAGCCUGUGUAUCGAAGAUGUGUUUCUCUUGUUGAACAGACACUUAAUCAACACAUUGCAAAUACACAAAAUCCAGAGCAGUUCGAAGCACCAGACAAAGAUUUUAUGAUUGUGGCCCUUGACUUGUUAUCUGGACUUGCUGAAGGUCUUGAUGGGCACAUUGAGAAGCUUGUCGUCAAUUCAAAUAUCAUGCAGCUGCUCUUUCAGUGUAUGCAAGAUCCUAUGCCUGAAGUGCGUCAGAGCUCAUUUGCACUUCUUGGUGACCUUACAAAGGCCUGCUUCCAGCACGUGCUUCCGUGUAUAUCGGACUUCUUACCAAUUCUUGGACAUAACCUGAAUCCUGAAUUUAUUUCUGUAUGUAACAAUGCAACAUGGGCUAUUGGUGAAAUUUCAAUCAAACUGGGUCAGGACACUAGGCCUUAUAUACCGAUGGUUCUUAACCAACUGAUAGUAAUUAUCAAUCGUCCUAACACACCCAAGACUCUGCUAGAGAAUACAGCCAUAACUAUUGGCCGGCUAGGUUAUGUGUGCCCCCAUGACGUCGCACCCCUGUUACAGCAGUUUGUGCGCCAGUGGUGUACAUCACUACGAAACAUCCGUGACAAUGAAGAAAAGGAUUCUGCUUUUCGUGGCAUGUGUCAGAUGAUAACUGUCAAUCCUGCUGGAGUUGUUCCAGACUUCAUUUUCUUUUGUGACGCAGUUGCUUCAUGGGUCAGCCCAAAGCCUGACUUAAAAGAAAUGUUUCACAAGAUCCUGCAUGGAUUCAAAAACCAGGUCGGUGAAGAGAACUGGAAACGAUUCUCUGACCAAUUCCCGCCACAGCUGAAGGAGAGACUGGGCUCCAUGUAUGGUGUCUGAACAGAGAUUACAGGUGGUGCACGGGGGAGCAGCGAGGGGGGGUGGGUGAAACCACUUUACCGGCAGAGUGGCAUGCUUCGGCUGAUGCUCCACGGCCCGCAUCACACCUGGAUUGCGCCGCAAUUCUAACAUGGCGGCACCCCGGCCUCGAGCUGCAGGGGGGGUGGGGGGUGGGCCGGCGGGGAGGGAGGGGGCAGGGGAAGGGGCGCGAAGCUAGGGCCAGCGGGUUCUCAAAGUUCAGUGUAAUGGUCUUUUUAUGUUAAAAUUCCGUUCUUUCUUGUCACUUUUUAUGCUUUAACAUGUUUAAAAUAGGGAAAUUUUUCAGUCGCUACUGGAAUUUUGUGGGAUGUCAGACAGUUCUAGAAGUGGAAUUAGGUUAACAUCUAAAAAUUAAAGUAACUGUACUUUAAGUUUAGUUUGUAAGAUGUACCUAGAGUAAUAUUUUUAAGGCUUGCAUUAAUAAAAUUAUUGGUAAAUAGACAUUAAAACAUUACAAUUAUAGGUGUGAGGGGAAAUAUCUGAAUCCUCAAGAGACGCCUAAACGGCUCCGACGGACAGUGUAUAUUGUUCCAAAAAUUCUUCGGUAGUCUAGUCCGUCUCUGCUUCCGACCCCUGCAUUGCACUUGUGCUGUAUAUGCAGGAGACUUGGUAAACCCCCUUCCCGGUGUUGUGUAGGAAAAUUUCGUAAGUUUGCCACGGCAAGUGGGCCGAGUACUUAGAAGUGCCUUAGUAAGCAUCACACGCUACAGCAGGUGCUGCUGCAAAUAUGUUUCAUUUUGUUGAGCCUCACAGAUCUAAUGCUAUUGUUUUUUUGGUGUGAAGCAAUGUGUGGUUUUUUCCUUUAAAAUGGUGGUUUCACAAGCAGAGUUUUCAUUUAAUCACUUGUUAAGUACAGCAGGUCCCUUGAUUACUUUUUAUUUAUGUGUAAUGUAGUUCUUUCUAUAGUUGUUGAAGAUCAUUUGAUUAAAUGCCAGUGACUGUGUGAUGCUCAGUUGCUAUGAGGUAGGCACAGUAGACCAGCCAAAACAUUGGUCUGUAAAAUGUUUUCCACAAUAAUCUCACAGGUCUUCAUGUGAGUCAAUUCAGUCGUUUUUAGUGCUGUACUUUUUAUGCUGAAUUUUGUGUGUGUGUGUGUGUGUGUGUGUGUGUGUGUGUGUGUGUGUGUGUGUGUGUGUGUGUGUGUGUGUGUGUGAGUGAGCUGUGUUAUUGUUUUUCAUGAAACUGAGUACAAUUAGUUGAGCAGUUAUCAGUGAAUGUGAUUAAUAACCUUGGUAAAUUUUUAAGUAUUUUCUUAAUGUGAUCAAUGCUGUAAGUACAUGUAAUAAUGUAAGUUCCUUUUUAUAAAUGAAGAUAGUGAACAUUUAUUUCUGUUAAUAAUUUAAUAGUGGGUGAAUAUUUGCUUUACAUGACUUGCAGCGUUGUUGCAAGUAUCUUUAGGAAAUUGUAUUUUCAUUCUUGUUGAGUGACAGAGCUUAUACUGUUUUAAGGUCUCUAUGAGAAAUGUGUACUUCAGCUCAUAAAAUCUGUUGUUGACUGAAAUUUAUAUUUUUUUUAGUAAUCAAUUUCUCCCAAGUCGCCUUCUUUAAGUUCCUUUGACAUAGUUUUGUUCCCAAUGACAGAAUCUCCACAGUCAGCUUUUUCCCUUAGUCUUUAUUCAAUUACGUAUACUUCAUUGCCAUUUUUACUACAUCGCUGUUAUGUAUAUUUUCUAAACUAUUUCGUGUUGUCAGAUAUUUAAAAUCUCUUAUCAAUAAAAUUGCUUUCAAUGCAGUUACUGUAAACAUAGUCACCUUUCUAAUCAAGUGUUUGGUAACUACAGUAAAACUCAUAUAUCAGACUUAAAAGUUUAAUAACAGAAAUGAACCACAUGAUGUAUAAAUUACGGUUUAUAAACAAUGUUAACGUGUUCUUCAAUCAAUCUUCACUGGUUAAGAUAAUCAGUAGUAUGUUAAUCAAUCCUUUUUGUAGUCGGGUAUAAUUUUUGAAUACACUUUGUGGAAUAGUAAUUGACCCUAAGUUUUUAUUUUUUUAUUUAUGACAUUAGUGACUGUGGCAGCUUAUUCUUUUUGUUGCCAAGUACUGGUUGCUCUUCUAGAAUAAGUAUAUAAGUAGAUUGAUAAGUCUCUGAUGAUGUCAUGGUUUUUCCUUAUAUUGUGCUGUGAUAAAAAAAAAUGCAUCCUCCAUGUCUGUUAUUGGUGUCCUCAUUCAGUGCAGGCACAUAGAAAUUUGAUCAUUCCAUUAAUAAAUGCAGAAAAGGAUACUGAUAAAUUUACACAGCUUAAAAUAAUGUUUUGCUCAGAUGUUCAAUGUUUCACUAAUUCCUGCAAAUCUUCAUACAGUGUACUGUUGUUUAUUUUUUUCUUUUUAAAAAAAGUUACUUGUUAUGCAUAAUUGGUAAAUUAAUACUGCAGGAGCAGAAUUAACUUGUUUUAAUAAGUUUGUGGAUGCCAGAUUUUAGUACCAAAGUAAUAGUAAGUGUCCAUGCUUUAGUGAUCUGUGAUUAUGUAUAGAAUAUUAUAUAAGUUGUAAUGUUAAGGGUAGAAAUUAUAUUUUUGUUAGCAAAUCGUGGUACUAAAGUUGUGAAUGCACAUUUAUAAUGCUGUCAUUUGUUUUCUGUUGUUUAAUGGCAGGUGAUCUCACUGGAGGGACACUAUAAGUUCUGUGACAUUUCUAAUGUUUCAUAAAUGCUAUGAACUCUAGCCCUUUAUCUUGUAAGGCAAACGAUGAUUUUUUGCAGAAUUUCUUGUUUUACUUUCUCAUGGCCUGUUACAUGCAUCCACUGAGAUCACUUGACUUCUCUAUGUGAAAAUGCAUAAACAUAGUGUAAUUAUAAUUCUGUAAUAAUAUGAAAUCAGAAUUUUUGUGUAUAGUAUUUAAUGUAUAUUUUCUAUUGUGUAGAAAUAUUUUUAAGAUUUUAUGUCACUGCAUUUUAGAAGUGAUUUCUUAUACAUAAAUGUGUAUGUAAUAAUACUGUGCAUAUGUAAUGUAAUUUACUUGUAAAUUCUAUCUGUUAGUUGAACAUUUACACAUUGUACAGAAUACUCAGAAGUAGUGCAAAAUUUAAAAAAAAAAUUAAGAUAAAGGGAGAAACGAAGUAUCUGAUCCUUCCGUUAUAAAUGCACAUGCUUUCAUUGUUACAUUAUGUCAUUUAUACUUCAUAAAAUUGUCAAUAGUCACUUGAUUUUGUUAUCAUUUCAAAAUUAAAAUCUUUUGUUGUUUAAGAA